AUGAGCCCUAGAAGGUUUCUUGAAGGCGAUCACAAACAACAGGUGAAAAGUGGAGUGGCGAUCAAUGGUCCACGACCGACGCCAUUAAAGCUCAAACAAGAAUCACACACCAUUCAAAAACAACAUCAGCAGAUCAGAAAGCCGAUCAUAAUCUACACUUAUUCUCCUGAAGUUAUCCAUGCCAAACCUCAUGAUUUCAUGGCUCUUGUUCAGAAGCUCACGGGUCAUUCUGGCUCUAAAGAUCAAGAAAGUAGACCGAAAACCCUAAAGAAAGAUGGAUAUAAUCGAAAGGAUAAUGAAUUUUCCAAUGAUUCUGGUGUCACACAGGAGAAAAGUACGAUUAUGAAAGCCAAGAGUCCGAUGUUUAAUGCUCCUUUGAAUCCUUACAUGGCUGAUAUCCCGCUUUUUACACCAAGUUCAAGUGAUUACUUUUGCUCGCCUCGGCCUUUAUUUCGGUUCACUGAUAUGGUAUCGUCGUCUCCAAACAUUAGUACUUCAUUAUCGCCUAGUUCCCUAGUCGAGCUCAUGAAAAUACUUCCUGAAUAUUGA